AUGUUAAAUAUUUUCGAAUCUACAUUGAAUACCACUUUAUUUAAUGCUUCAAGAACUUCACAUGGGAUAAUGAAAGUUUUAACAUCAUGGUAUUUAUUUGAAUUUAUUCGUAUUUCAGCUCAUAUUUUGUUAGCAUUCGCUCUCUUUCCUCAAAUAAUUCAUCUAUUUAAGUAUCGAACAAGAUAUAUAGCUGGUAUUAGUUAUAUAUGGGUUAUAAUUCGAAUAUUAGCUCUGAUAUUAUUAGCAGUCGGAAAUACUUUAGGAUGGGCAUCGAUAUUUCAAUUUGUUACAUUCUUAUUGAGCAUGAUCAUUUUUUUUCAAAUAAUUGCCUUUUCAAAUAAUCUUCAUCGAGAAAAUAAAAAAAUUUUAAUAGUGACUAGUUUAUUUUUCUGGAUUAUUGGUUUAAUUCUAAUCUUUUUCUUUGGAAAACAACACUGCUUGAUGAAAAAUAUUGGCUAUAUUUUAAUGGCGAUUCAAAUGUUACCACAAAUUUUACUUAAUUCAUUAUUGCAAACAACUAAGGCUAUAUCAAAGUUUUCACUAGUUUUAUUAGCAAUGAGCGACUGUUUCCUAUUUCUAACUAUGAAAAUAAAUCAUUGUCAAAUUAUUCAAUAUAUUUCACUUUAUUAUUCUUUUUCGUUUGUCUUAUUUAUUUGUAUACAAAGUACAAUUUAUACCGAUGAAAAUAUACAUUUGAUAUCUCGCUCAUCUCAUACUGUUCUUACACCAGGCAUCGAUAUGUUUACAGGACUUGAUAUAAAUCGAGUAGACAGCAUAGGACAAGAUCCACAAAUGUUCGCCAUUGACGAUCUCGAAUUAGUAGACGGAUCAAGUAUUAUUUAUCAACCAAUUACAACAAACAAAUCAUCAACACAAAAAAAGAAACAAACAAGACAAAAAUGUGUUUGGUAUGCUCAACUUGGUUUCAUUAUUUUGAUGGAAGUUGCUGUUACAGUAAUACUCAUUGAUUAUGUUUGGUCAUCAUGGAUAAUAUUUAUUCCUAUUUCUAUUCCUGUUAUCUUCGUUUUUCUUUUACUACGUACUAAAUUAAGACUUUUCCCAACGAAAAACUUCAAAACAAUUUUAUAG